CAAUGGAAUGUGCAACCCAUAGAUAGCGUAACCCUACUUUUUAAUUACUGAAAUGUACUUACAAUUAGUAUUUUUACUUUACAUUGCUAAAGAAGUGCUUUCAACAGAAAUAAAUGGGGCUGACUUUUAAUAUAGAAUCGAUAACUAUUUUAUUUAUUUUAAAUUAUGUGCUCGCUGCUCAGGACACAACACUAAAGAGAGAAGAAUCUGUUAAAUAUGAUGACUGCAACAAAUUACGAAUGGGUCAAUUUAUAUGUCCUGACCCCAGUUACAAUUACAUCGAUCCCAAAACUCAACAAAUCAUGGGCUGCAGAAAAGACAAUAAAGCGAAAGUGCGAUGUAUAGCUGUAGAAGGAUUGGUCUGUCUUGAGACAAAGAAUAACACUUUUUAUAAAGAUGUACCGUGUCAGUGGACAAAUGGAUAUUCCUUUGAGACUGCUCUUUUAUUGUCUGUAUUUUUGGGAAUGUUUGGAGCUGAUCGUUUUUAUUUAGGCUAUCCAGCUAUUGGUGUUGCUAAAUUUUGUACUUUAGGAUUUAUGUUCUUGGGUCAACUUGUGGAUAUCAUUUUAAUUGCAACCCAAACCCUUGGUCCUGCUGAUGGUUCAUCUUAUAUCAUUCCAUAUUAUGGUCCAAAAGUUAAUAUAUUACAAAGUAACAAUUGGACUUAUCGAUUAGAACAAGAUGAUUGGUAAACUAAGGAUAAGUUUAAAUAAUUUAUGUACCUAUGUAAGAAUUAAAAUGGUUUAAUAUUAAUUAAAAUAAGACUUAGUAGAA